UGGUUUACAAUGUGUGUGUUAUAUAAUAUAAUUUCAUUUAUUCUAGUGUUAUUAUUAAGUGAUAUGUGGAACUUGACACAAGUUUUCUUAUAUAUAAAGAAUGAUCUCCAGCUACCUACUUUUUCAUUUGGAUACGCUCAUCAGAAUGGUCCCCAUACUUGGAAGGAUCUAUAUCCCGGAAGCACCGGUAGCAAUCAAUCGCCUAUCAAUAUUAUCACCAGGCUCACUGUAGUAGUGCAACCAUCUGAACCACUUCGAUGGAUCAAUUAUAAUAGCGUACCAAAAUCGAUGACUAUCAUGAACGACGGUCAUACUGUGAUAUUCCGAGGAUCCUGGACCAGUACUACACGGCCACAGCUUCAAGGGGGACCUUUGACCGAUACGUAUGAUUUCUCUCAUGUUCGCUUCCAUUGGGGUCCGUCCAACGAAGAGGGCAGUGAACAUACUUUGGACUAUGUUCGUUUUCCUAUGGAACUACAAAUUGUCCAUAGAAAACGUGGAAUUAAAUCGCUGUUGGAAGCAAUCAGCCUCGGAGUGAAAGACGGAGUAGCGAUUGUUUCGUUCUUUCUUCAAAUAAAUUAUGCGGAUAAUCCUUAUCUGGAUCACAUUGUGAGAAAUUUGCGGCGCAUUACCUAUCCGGGAACUGAAGUCGGCAUACCUCCUUUCCCAUUGGAAUGGCUUGUUUUACCUUUUGACAGAGAUUACUAUACAUACACUGGGUCUCUUAGCUAUCCUCCUUGCAGUGAAAUAGUUACAUGGAUCAUUCAGCAAGAACCAAUUGCCAUAUCUGUAUCACAGGUGGAACAAUUUCGAAAACUAUGUUCAAUGGAUGGACAGUUACUUCUAAAUUGUCGACCAGUUCAAUCACUAAACGAUCGUGAGGUUUACUUUUACGAAGAAAGUUAA